UCCCCCCUCACCGCUGUACACAGUCCGUGUGUUCAAUCAUGGCCGCCAGAGCUUCUGCCUUCAGAAGUUUAGAGUUUUGUCGUGCUUGCAGAGGAUUGAAUGCACGAUUUUGGGCUCCAUGGCAAGCUUCGAGACCUGAGGGACUUCAUGAAAUUUACGAAUUUUCGUUUUACAGUUCAGGAUGGCGAAGAGGACCAGCAUCGAGAUUGUCAACUGUAGCAAAACGUUCUGCCACUUCGACAAAAACUCGAAAGCAAAGUGGAAAAGAUGUUGAAAAUCAUACAGAAUCUGAGUGUGGACCUCCGAUUUCUUAUCAAAACACUAAAAACUCGCGGGUUAACUCAAAAUCAAAUUCCUCUGGGAAAUCUGCAUGUAAGAAUGCAAAAAGAACUUCAAAGAAAUUGACUGAUCAUGAGAAAACUGAGCACAGCUGUUCAAGCACAACUGAUGACAUUUUGGUGUCAAUUAAUGCUUCAGAGAAUACCUCUGAACACUCAAUAGAGGCAAAUGAAGGUGCGAGUGAUGAAGAUUUUGCAUCUGGUAGGAUAGGGAAAAAAUACAGGGAGGGUACAGCAGGAGGAAAACUUUACGAGAUGAGUACUUUGGCUGAAAUUAAUGGUUUUCUAAGUUUAAACCAGGUUGGUGAGGCACAAAAAUUGUUCAACAGAUACUUACGGAUUGGUAAGAAGUUGGGAUUGAGUGCGUAUAAUAAGAUCUUACAUGGAUGGGCGGAGCAAGGGAAUCUGAUGUCUGUUAGGGUAAUGCAUAAGCUGAUUUUAUCAGAAGACUUGGAGCCAGAUAUGGAAACUUAUGCUGGCCUCCUACAUGCAUAUGGGAGAUUUGGAUAUGAGGAAGACAUACAACAAACUCUAGUCACAAUGAAGGAGAAGGGUUUUAAUCCAGAAUACAUAUUUUACUAUUGCCGCCUAACAAAGAGUCAAGCCCAGGGUGUAAAAAGAGCUAUUCUUCUUGUUGAUCCAAGCUACAAGACAGCUGUCCCAGACAGCCAUUACCUUGCCAAGCACCCUACCAUAGUAAAGUCCAUUUACCAAGAGCGAAAGCACUGGAGUAUGAACAAGUCAUUGGAGCAAGAUAUUGGACAGCACUCUGAAGAGGUCCAAGCCUUGCUGGAUGAGCAGUUACAGAGAGAGUUGCAUGGGGUGACGCAUAUAAAGUCCAUCGAAGAGGUAGAAGAGGACAAGGAAAAUAAAAUGCUAAAAAGCAUGUUCCUAGAGUGGAAAGAGAAGUGGAAAGACUCUAUGGUGUUGCUGUUAGAAGAAGAGCUGCAAGAGAUAAAGAGUGGGCAGUUCAAGUCAAUGCGGGGCAGAUAUGCUCCAUUCCUACAGGCAUUCAGUGCUCAAGAACUUGCUGAGUUGACUUUGGAUGAGGUCAUUUUCUACAUUAAGGGCCAGCUUGAGGGGGUGCCCCUGCACAGUCUGAGUGGGGCCGUGGGUUCUGCCCUGAGCAGCAAGUAUAUAGUCAAGCAGACAGCACAGUCUGGGAUAGUGAGCAAGAUCAAAGAAUUGUAUCCCCCGUACUGCUCUCUUCUCAAGAAUAAGCAAGUCUCAAAUGACCUAAUGCCUCGGGAACUAUGGGAUGGACUAGACUUGGGGAGGCCAUAUGAUGCAAGUCUGAAACAAGAAAUAGAUGAUCUUCCCUGGGCUACCAAACUCCUGUGUGGCUGUACUCUGAUUGACUUCCUUAUUCAAUCAGUCAAAAUUGAUGCAAAUCUCUUCAAUGCCAAGUCUGAGUCACUUCUCCCAGGAUUCUACCACUCGUACGAGUUCAGAGAGAGAAGGAAGAUAGGUGUCAUUAAGCCACACUCUGUUGUGUGCAAGUUGUUUAAGGGUUAUCUCGCAGAUCAUGGUGAUAUUGCCAUGCCAACCACGUCUUUGCCAAUGUUGGUACCCCCACGCCCAUGGAGGGAUAUUCGUGACGGGGGCUUCCUUAUCCAACCAGUUCAGCUGAUGCGGAGCACUCAGGAAAUGGAUGACAACCAUGACCACAUGUUGCGUUACAAGUGUGACAGCCGUGAACUCAGCGCAGUCCUGGACUCUCUUAACUACCUGGGCACCUGCGCCUGGAAAACCAAUAACCGCAUCCUGGACCUGGCCAUACAGGUGUUUAAUGACCAGGGAGAUGACACCCUCGCUAUUCCUGGACCUGUGGUGCCGCUGGAGCUUGAACCACUAGAGAAGUCUGUUAAAGAACCAGAAGCUCGCAUGAAACAAAUCCAAGAACAUCGGAGAGCCAGAAAGCUUGCCCGUGAGCAUUAUAGUCUGCGGAUGACUGCGCUGUACAAGUUGUCAGUAGCCAAUCAUUUCAGGGACCGUGUGUUCUGGUUACCACUGAACAUGGAUUUCCGUGGGCGUGUCUACCCAAUUCCUCCCCAUUGCUGUCAUGUAGGGGAUGACCUGAGUCGUGGCAUGCUGCAGUUUGCUGAGGGGGUACCCCUUGGGCCAGACGGACUUCGCUGGUUAAAAAUCCAUCUCGCAAAUCUUUAUGGAGCUAAGAAGAAAUCAUCUCUUGACGAGCGUGUUGAGUACACUGACCAAAUGAUGCCUGAGGUUCUUGAUUCUGCUGACAAUCCACUCACGGGGGCACGCUGGUGGAUGCACGGGGACGAACCAUGGCAAGUACUCGCCACAUGUAUGGAGAUUGCCAAAGCGGUCCGCUCUCCUGACCCCGCACAAUAUGUGUCCCACCAGCCCGUCCACCAGGACGGGUCAUGUAACGGUCUUCAGCACUAUGCAGCCCUGGGCCAUGAUCGCUAUGGUGCUCGCCAGGUCAAUCUGAUACCUGCUGACCGGCCACAGGACGUGUACGCAGAGGUCGCGAAGCUGGUAGAGGAGGCUAGGUUACAUGAUGCUGAACAAGGUCACCGCAUCGCCACGCUUCUUGAGGACAAGGUGACCCGUAGGGUUGUCAAGCAGACCGUCAUGACCAUCGUCUAUGGUGUGACGUUUGUCGGUGGCCGCUUGCAGAUCGAGCGACAGCUGAAGGAUCUGGACCUGGAUGAGAGAGUUCUGUUUGAAGCGUCUGCGUACCUUGUGCAUAAGGUGUUCGCUAGUAUCGGUCAGAUGUUCACACGUGCUAAGGCCAUACAGGACUGGUUCGCUCUCAGCGCCACCCAUAUAGCGUACACGGGGCACUGUGUCGACUGGUACACGCCCCUUUCCUUGUACGUCUGUCAGCCAUACUGUAAAAAAGCGGUGAAGACGAUUAAGACCAGGCUCCAAGGAAUCGAGAUACCAACACAAGGGUUUGCUAUGUCGGUUCCAGACUCCCGCAAACAGCGCGCAGCCUUCCCGCCCAACUUCGUGCACUCGCUUGACUCAACCCACAUGAUGCUGACCGCGGUGCAUUGUCAGCGAGCAGGGAUCAACUUCGCGUCUGUGCAUGACUCUUUCUGGACGCACGCUGCUCAUAUUGAUAUCAUGAAUAGACUUUGCCGUGAGCAGUUUGUAUCUCUCCACACACAGCCCAUUCUACAGGACUUACAGGCGCACUUUGUUGACAAUUACGGAGGUCUCAAGUUUAUGAGGCCGCUAAAGAAGAAGGAUCAUGCACCGAUACACAAUGCAACAUUCGAAGGCCUCCCAGAAAUAGGUGACUUCGAUGUGAGCGAAGUUUUGGACUCUACCUAUUUUUUCUGCUGAUUCUGCUGAUGUCGGACCUAGAUCCGCCCAUGCUAGAAUGCACAGAUGCUCGACCUCCGAUACACUGCAGACGACUAAAGAACCUAAGCUACAGCUUUGUUAUCGUUUUCGUUCCAUAUGAACACUGAGAGAUUGUAGUGUUAUUUUUAGUACAAAAACCAUGCUUUGUAAAAGACUUAUCAUAACAAAAAUUUGUUUUCAAAAUUCCUCAUUGGGCUAGAUAAAAAUAAAUACUACAAAGGAAAUUAUUUAUACUGUUUGCUAACAUAAAAGCCUUAUCAUUUAUCUCAUAGUAUGUUAAGAGAUGAAAUAAAAAUUGAACUACAA